AAGAGGAGGAGCUUUUCCCUCUUCAUCACCAGCUCUCUGAGCUCCAGGUAGCUGAAGGAUCUUUGAGGUUCUGGAGUAAUAUCUGUGUGGUUCUGGUUCUGUUCUGGUCCGACCCGUUCUGCUUGGUGGGCCAUGCAGCGCUGCGCCUCCUCCCAGCCUCUUGUGGAGGAGAUCCAAGCUGAGGAAGAGGAGGAGGAGGAAGAGCAGGAGGUGUUUCAGGAGACGGGAGGCGUUAACGAGGAGCAGGUCGGUCCGGUGGAGGAGGCGUCGGCCCAGGAACCCGAUGGCCGGCCGGCUCCUGUGGAGCAUAAGAACGGGAAGCGGGCCGAAGCCGGACCCGGCGUGGCUGACGGCGGUCCGAGGUUCUCCAUGUUCACCUGGCUGAUGGUCGUGGCUCUGCUGGGUGUCUGGAGCUCCGUGGCCGUCUUCUACUUUGACAUCGUGGACUACGACAGAGUCCUGGCGAGGGCGCAGGAGUUUCGUAUGAACUUUUCUGAAGUUCUGCAAGGGAAACUAGCCGCCUACGACACGGACGGAGACGGAGACUUCGACGUGGAGGACGCCAAAGUUCUGCUCGGCCUGACCAAAGAUGGCGGCCGUAGCGCCAACGCCGAGUCGCUCGAGGAGGUUCUGAACAUUUUAGCAGAGGAGGGCUCUGAUUGGAUCUAUGGCUUCUUCACCUUCCUUUAUGAUGUAGUUUCUCCCCCCGCACAGCGAGAUCAGAGGAGGUUCAGAGGAAGCUCUGAGCGGAUCAGAACAGAGGAGGAGAAGAAGAGAGGGAGGCGCAGAGCACCAGGAGAGACUUCAGGGGAGGCUGAAACGAACCAAACCAAAGAAAAGACCAGUAAGCCUGAGGUGGAAACGCCGACCCAGAGAGCUCCAGAACCGGAGGAGGACGGUCCUGGAGCCGAGGAGACAUCAGUCCCUGGAUCUCAGGAUGUGGAGUCUGAAAUCCAAGCUGCCGUCCCUCUGCCGCCGCUGGACGACAGCCAUUUUGUUCCAGACGACCCGACAGAACCCGGACAGCGCUACGAGGAGGAGCCCGGAUCCAUCGACACCACAGGAGUUCUGGUGGAGGAGAACCAGCCAGAGGAGACUGAAGGGGAAUCGGGUCGGUACCAGACCAGCUCCAAACUCUCCCAGGAAGCAGAAGCAGAGAAGCCUCCUAAAGCAGAACCAGAACCAGAACCCCAAACUGGGUCGACCCGACCUACAGAGAGCAGGCAGGCAGCCGACGGAGCAGCAGAGAAAACGGCCGAGGAGCAGAAGGAAAAACUGAAGAAGAAGAAACCCAAACUGCUGAACAAGGUCGAUAAAAGCAUCAAAUCAGAGAUCGAUGCGGCGGAGAGGCUGAGGAAGAAGGGGAACCUGGACCUGGCCCUGAAGGCGUUUGAUUCUCUGGUCCAGCAGCAUCCUCUGAGCCCGCGCGCUCGCUAUGGGAAGGCCCAGGUGCAGGACGACCUGGCGGAGAAGCUGCGCAGCAACGACCUGCUGCAGAGCGCCAUCAGCAUGUACGGAGAGGCCGCAGAGCUGCCCGACGUGACCUCUGACCUGUUGAGGGCGGCGCUGAAGAGACGGGCCGAGAGGCAACAGUUCCUGGGUCGGAUGCGGGGGUCGCUGGCGACGCUGCAGAAACUCGUCGACGUUUUCCCCGACGACGUCGGCCUGAGGAACGACCUGGGCGUCGCCCACCUGUUGCUAGGCGACAACAAGGGAGCUAAGAAGGUUUACGAAGAGGUCCUCGCCGUUGCCCCUAGCAACGGGUUUGCCAAGGUUCACUACGGCUUCAUCCUGAAGGCGGAAAACAAGAUCGCAGAGAGCAUCCCGUACCUCAGGGAAGGCUUGGAGUCCGGCGAGCCCGGAACCGACGACGGCAGGUUUUACUUCCACCUGGGAGACGCUCUGCAGCGAGUCGGAGACGACAGCGCCUACCUGUGGUACGAGCGGGGUCACCAGCGAGGGCACUUCGCCUCCGUGUGGCAGCGCUCGCUCUACAACGUGGAGGGACUGAAGGCUCAGCCCUGGUGGACGCCGCAGGAGACAGGAUAUGCCGACCUGGUCCGGAUGCUGGAGCGGAACUGGAAGACGAUCCGGGACGAAGCGCUGGCGGUGAUGGACCGCAGCCGGGGCCGCUUCCUUCCUGAGGAGGAGAACCUGAGGGAGAAAGGAGAGUGGGGCCAGUACACGCUGUGGCAGCAAGGGAAACGGGUUGGAAACGCCUGCCAGGGCGUCCCGAAGACCUGCGCCCUGAUGGAGCGGUUCCCUGAAGCGACGGGCUGCAAGAGAGGACAGAUAAAGUUCUCGGUGAUGCAGCCUGGGACUCACGUCUGGCCUCACACCGGACCCACCAACUGCAGGCUGCGGAUGCACCUGGGCCUCGUCAUCCCGGCGCCGGGCUGCAGGAUCCGCUGCACAGACCAGACCAGGGAGUGGGAGGAGGGGAAGGUCCUGAUCUUCGACGACUCCUUUGAGCACGAGGUGUGGCAGGAGGCCAACAGCUACCGCCUGAUCUUCAUCGUGGACGUGUGGCACCCGGAGCUGAGCCAGUACCAGCGCCAGACGCUCAGCCCCAUUUAGGACCGGUUCUGACCCGGUACUGUGGACCCCACGGUUUGAGUCGUGGAAGCAGAGACCUGACUGAUGGACUCAGACUGAUGAAUGUUUUAAACUACUGACUGGACAUUAAGCCGGACGGCGCGGUACUUUCUGAGCCCGGUUCUGAUCGGGUCGGGUUCUGGUGUUCCGUGGUGAUCAUGGAUCCAUUCACUUCCUUUAAUAAUGAACCAGAACCACCUCCUACUCUUCAUCCCUGUCUGUGAAUUAUUGAAACACUACAGCUGCAGGAAGCUCUGGACCUUCACAAUAAAAGCAUGCAUCAUGCUCUGCCUCUGCUCUUGA